GUGCUUCAAUAUUUUUUAUUCUAAUUUCUAUCACUUAUAGCGCUGCCUAAGUCGAUAUGACAGGGCGUGAUACGAAAAUGAUAAGGAGGUUCUGGAACUCCCUAGAGCGUGUGACAAAAUUUUAUAUUGUUUGUUAUGUCUAUUCUAUAUCUCGUCUCUGAUAGUACAAAAUGCGGUUUCCAUACAGUGUUUUAGGUUAUUUUAAAUACAUAAGAUUUUGCCGAAUAAUGAAUUUGUUAAUAUCUUCUUAUUAAUUUUGUUUAUCGCACGAAGAUGUGCAAAUUUUUGCUACUGCAAAUUACAAAACGAAUUUCUUUGAACAACGUUUUAUUAAUGCCUUCGCAAGUAAUCAUGCAAAAUUCUAUAAGGUUGUGUUCUUUUUGUAACUUUUACCACGGAAAAGUAUCAAAAUUAAUGCAUCAUCAAAUACGGACUAAUACUACUACAACAAAUUUAUUACAUCUGUCUGUAAUGAAGAAAAGAAAUCGGCAAAGAAGACUGUAUGCAGAGCUACUCGAAAUAACAAAUGAAAGAGCAAGUAAUAAAAAAACUACAAUACAAAAAAUAAAAGCUUCUAAUAUAUCAGUGCUGGUUGGUCAAGAUAAUAUUGCGGACAAAUCACCUCAAAUAAGUUCUACUUUAAACAAUAAUUCUGAUCACUGUCAAGAUCAAUGUAUUACUUCUGAUUUAAAUACAUGCAAAGAAAACCAUGAUUCUCUUAAAAGUGAAAAGAACUUCAAUAUUCAGGAAAGCAUUGAGAAUACUUUGUCUAAAAAGAUGAAUUAUUGCAAGCAAUUGGAUAAUGAUAAAAAUACAUUUUCAGAUUCAAGUAUACAUAUUAAGAAAAAUAAUUGUCAAGUGGAAAAAAAGACUCAUUGUAUGAUUAAUAAUCGACAUGCCACAGAUAAUUACAUUGAAACCUUAUUAGCCCAUAUGCAAGUAUAUUUAAAUUGUAAUAUGUUGCAUAGAACAAAUAGAAUAUUAAUGAAAUAUAGGAAAUCUAGGAAUAAUAAUUUACAACACAAUAAAAAAUGUAUUGAACUUUAUAACAUCAUCUUAGAAGCUUACGCUUCCAAAAAGGAUAUUAAAAAAGUAUUAGACUUAUAUACUAUGAUAAAAAAUGAUUCCUUAAUACCAACAGAACAAACAUUCAUAUAUUUAUUUGAUGCUGUAGGAAGAAACAGUAACACAUUAAAUACAUCAGAUGUUUUGACAAAUUUACAGUCUGAAAUGAAGAGUUAUAAUAUUUCAUUCAAUGACAUCAUUAAUAAAGGAUGUUUUAAACAUGAUCAGCAUCAAAAUGUAUUGAAAGUAAUUCAACAAUGUGAACCAGACUUCAAACCAUCAUAUACUGGAUUAAAUUUAGGAUACAUGUGCAGCCUUGUGAAUAAAGUUCCCAUGAUGAAUAAUUAUUGUAGUCCACUGAAAAAUCAAUUGACAAUGAACGAAUUAAAAAAUUGCGCGGAACUGCAGUUUCAACUAGAAAAAACCACUAAGGUGCAAAUAAAAAGUAUAAUCAACCCUGAUAUAAAUAUGAAGACUGUUUCAGCAUAUGUAAGAUAUUUAAUGUCCAUAUUGAAUAUAUUUGAAAGGAACUUAAAAUGUCUAAAAGAAACAGAGAACCACUCUUAUAAUGCUUUAAUGGUAUUAUAUCCAUUUUUGGAAGUAUUAAAUAAGAAACACUACAUAAAUGCUAUAAUUCAAGAAGCUAGGAAAGUUGCGAGUGGUUCAGCCACAUUUAGUAUGACCCUUAAUUCGUUACAUAUUACUUUGGGAAGGCAUAUUUAUGACAUAUACGAGAUCCAGUACAAAGAAAAAACUGGGGUACUCGAUAAAAUACAUAAAAUUUAUCAAAAAUAUCUAGAAUGGUACUUACACCCUAAAAGUAUAAACCAAUUUAAUAAUAUGAACAAUCGUACAGUCUGGGAAUAUUUUGAACAACAAGAAAAAAGCUCUGGUGCGUCUUUAAACGCUACAUGUUUCAAUUGGCCUAAGGAGGUGAUUACAAAUAUAGGAAAAUUUUUGUACAAAAUCAUAUUAAAUGAUUUAAUAUUGAAACCCGACCUUUUAAAAGGGCAAGAUAUUAAAAGUUCUAUUCCCGCAUUUUAUACAUUGUUUAGAUCUAAGGACAAUUAUUUAGCUGAACAGAUUAAGCCUCAUCCUAUUAUAUCAAAAAUGUACAAAGAAGCACAAUCAGAAGUAUUAUCAUUUAAUACAAAUUUAGUUCCAUCCAAUGCUCCACCACGGCCAUGGACAUCAAUAGUUUCAGGGGGUUAUUUUUUAAAAAGCACAGAUUUUAUAAGAGUUUCAGGUAGUAUGGGGAAUUUAUGGAAAAAGUUUCACGAUACACCAUCGCAACAGUUGUAUCCUGUAUUUGAUUCAUUAAAUCAACUAGGUUCUACUCCAUGGACAAUUAAUUGUCCCAUCCUUGAUAUUGUGACCGAAAUAUUUCAAAAAGGUGGUUGUCCAGAAUUAAAUAUUCCUCAAUCAAUUUCUAAGUUAACUGCCCCACCUCGCGUGCAACAAAGUGCUACUGUCGAAGAAAAACGUCAAGCGGCAAUAGCGAUGGCAAAGUAUGAGCAAAGAAAGCGUGAUGAUUAUUCUUUGUGGUGUGAUGCACUUUAUAAACUGUCUUUAGCCAAUCACUUUAGAAAUAAAAUAUUUUGGCUACCACAUAAUCUGGAUUUUAGAGGUCGAGUUUAUCCAAUUCCUCCUCACUUGAAUCAUCUAGCAUCUGACCUGAGUCGUUCUUUACUGUUAUUUGCGGAGAGUAAACCAUUGGGUCCAAAAGGAUUGGAUUGGCUCAAAUUACAUGUUAUUAAUUUAACUAGUAAGAAAAAAUCAUCCUCUGUAAAAGAACGGCUUGAAUAUGCAAAUGAAAAUCUAGAAAAUAUUUUAGACAGUGCUUUUAAACCCUUAACAGGUAAAAUGUGGUGGAAAGAAUCAGAGGAACCAUGGCAAACGCUAGCAGGAUGUAUGGAAAUAGCGAAUGCACUGAAAGCACCAAACGUAGAAGAAUAUGAAAGUAGGUUUCCAAUACAUCAAGAUGGAAGUUGUAAUGGACUUCAACAUUAUGCAGCACUUGGUAGAGAUCAAAUUGGUGCAGAGAGUGUCAAUUUGUGCCCAUUUGACGUUCCAAAAGACAUAUAUAGUACUGUUGCUGCUUUAGUUGAAAAAACUCGAAAAAUUGAUGCCGCAAAUAAAGUAAUAAUGGCCAAAGCAUUAGACGGAUUUAUACAAAGGAAAGUUAUAAAGCAAACUGUAAUGACAACAGUAUACGGUGUAACAAAGUAUGGUGCAAAAUGUCAAAUAUUAAAGCAAUUGAAAGUUAUGGAAAAGUUUCCCGAAGAACACCUUUGGACUGCUAGUGUAUAUUUAACUGAAAAAACGUUUUCCUCGUUAAGAACAAUGUUCAAAAGUGCAAAAGAAAUUCAGGAUUGGUUUACCUUAUGUGCUCGAGCUAUUUCUGUUCUUUGCGGUGAAAAUGUAGAAUGGGUUACUCCUCUAGGUUUGCCGAUUAUACAACCGUAUGUCAAACAGUUAAAAAAGUUAAAAAACAAAAAUAAAAAUGAAGUACCUGAUACAUUAAAGCAAAAGAAUGCAUUUGCGCCAAAUUUUAUACACUCCUUAGAUUCUACCCACAUGAUGCUUACUAGUUUACAUAGUAAAGAAGCAGGCAUUACUUUUGUCUCUGUACAUGAUUGCUUUUGGACACAUGCUUCUACUGUAGAUAUUAUGAAUAAAAUAUGUAGAGAACAGUUUGUUGCUCUUCAUACUGAACCUAUUCUUGAGAAUUUAGCGACAUUUUUUGUAAACCGUUAUAUAUCAACGGAUAUAGAACUAAAACAGAAAUUAGACUUAAAACAAAUACGUCGUACCUUAACAAACGUGCCGGCAAAAGGAUCUUUUGAUAUAAAUAAUGUAUUGUCUUCUACAUAUUUCUUCAGUUGAAAUUUAACAUUAAGCGUUUGUACAUAUUAUGUAUAUUACAAGAAAAAUAAA